CCAGGACUGCCUGGAGGGAACAAAUCCAAACUGUUAAAUGCAAAUUGGGUAACUCAUAUUAUAUGGUUGGUAAAUCAAUCUCAAUCAACUACACAACUUUAUCAGGGAAUGCAAUUCCCAUCUUUUUCGGCGUAUAUGCUUUCUCUAUGGAUUCCGAUACUCUACAGCCAAAGCACAGUGCGGAAGGCUGUAAAUGAUCCCUACACUAUCUUCAACAAGAGGACAUCACACUAUCCACAACCAUUUACCGUUAUAUUCACAACAAAACCCGUUUCAGAACAAAAUAAUGUAUCAAAUGAUGCGAUGAUAAUUAAUUUUGUUCCCAAGUUAUUGGUAUCUAAAUUACUACUAACAGCACAUAUGAGCACAUCACUAUCUGGGACAUGUGUAAGUGCAGCAUCUAUGUUAGGAAUAAUGGUAGUAAUAAUAAUAGUAACUUGGAAAAUAAGCACCUAA